AAUAAAAUAAAAAUCUGCAAGCAGCACACUGGAUAAUUGAGCUAUGGUCGGACUCAACGACAAUGACAGUGCCAAUGCCAAUAGAAAUUCAUUCGCGAAAACCAUUUGCUCGAUUCGUUACGAGGAUUUCAAGCCCUUAACCGAGGACCUUCAAUCUAUCUCUGUUUGCGGCCACGUUUUUCACGAGAUCUGCCUUCAGCAGUGGUUUGAGUACUGUCCCAAUGUGAAGAAGCGGAGUUGUCCUAUAUGCAAGCAAACUUGUACCAAUAAAAACGUGGGGCGUUUAUAUUUUCAAUCUAUUGGUGAUCCAAAUGAGUGUAGUCUAUCUCAAAAGCCACAAAUUUAUGUGGAAAAUUCCGAGGAGUUGCGCAUAGAGGUCAAGAGGUUGGAGGGGAAAGUUUUUGCAUUGGCUUCCACUUUGGAGCAGCAACAGAAAGAAUGUAUGAAUGUAAAAGAUGAGCUCAUCUCAUGCAAGGAGCAACUGAAAGUAGAAGUGAUUCUUAAAAACGAAGCUGUAACACAAAAUGCAACCAGCCAGAAGUUGCUUCGAGUGAAAUCUGAAGAACUUAUGGCCAAGUGCACCAUGUUAGGAAGAGGUGAGGCCCGGUGCCUUCAGAAACUCGAGAAGGCCAAUGACAAGAUAAAGAAGUUGAAGUUGAGACUCCAAGAAGUGGAGGCUGCUUUGGAAUUCAAAGAGAAUGAAGAUUUGAGAGUGCUAAAGCAUCUCGAUUCCAAAUUUAACAUGGAUUCACACAAUACAAUGAAAAGACCUUCAAACCACUGUGAUAUAGAUGAAACUAAUGCCAUGCCGGACAUCUCAUUCUGUUCAAGUAAAGUAUCUCCUCACAAGCCACUAAGUAAAAGAAGCACGUUGGAUGAGAAUUUACCUGCCUGCACGUCUGAUACCAAAAGAGAAAUGCUAUUGGAUCAACCAGAAAUGACGAGAUAGCAAAAGAGAAAGAAAAGUAAAAAUACUAAAAUCAUAAAGCAGGCACCCACAUGAAUUGGAUAGAAAGUAGAAACUCAAUAUUAAACCAAAACAAGAAUAGUUGUUGACCGUGGGCAAUAAAAUCAAACCUACUCUAUGCAACAAUUAGGUUUUGUUUCCCUCUUUAAAACAAGU